AUGGGGGUGCGCGGCCUGCUGAGCUAUGUGCUGCGGCAUGCCGAUGCGAUGACCCAGCGCGUGGAUCUUGCCCAGGAGGCUCAGUACUACGGUCGUAACGGUGUGACGUUGCUGGUGGACAUCCUGGACUUCUGUGCUCGGUUUCUUCCGGAGGUGGAUCGUGGCGCCAAGGGCUGGGAGGGCGAUGCCACAGUCCAGGUCUGUGGCAGUGACUUCGUCCAACAUGACGAGGCACUUUGCGAGCUCAUCUUCGCCCUGCGGCAUGCAGGCAUUUACCUCGAGUUUUUUUUGGAUCCUCCCCGCGGCUGCGGGCUCCUCGAUGCGGCCACCAGUGCCUGGACAGAGGAGGCCAAGCGCCGUUGCAGCCAGGGCCUGGAAGCUGCGAAGGCUGUUCGGCAAUGGUGCCGAGGAGAGCGCAAUGAUCUUCCAAACCUGGCAGAGGUACAUGUCACCACGAUUCGAAGGGCAUUGGAGGGCCGAGCGACAGCACGUCGGUUUGCCGCACAUGCGGUGGCGGAGAUGGAAGCUACCCUGACAGUGUCGAAGCAGACUGCUGUCGGGCGUUUUCGAAUUGAUGGCUUCUCACUGCUGUCUAGGAAGAAAGGCGAUCCUGUCACCUCGGGUCCGAUCAUCGAGAUCGGUGAUUCGAAAUGGGAGAUCCUGGUGUAUCCUUCCGGUAACGAGCGGUGCAAGGAUGGCUGGAUCCGUGUAUCAGUUCGAUGCACAGAGGGCGAGCAGGAAGUGCGAGCUCUGUACUCGGUGUCCGUGGUCAAUGCCGCAGGUGAAGUGAAGCACCGGCUUGAGGAAGAAGCUACGUUUACCAGCGGUGACGGCUGGGGCUUUGACAACUUCAUCCGCCAAGAGCGCCUGACGGAUCGAACGAAAGGCUUCGCAGACGAUGUUGUCAUCUUCGAAGCCACCGUCACGGUUCUUGGCCGGGAGGAAAUCAGACGCCAACCGAUCACUGGAAGCGAGUCCAAAAUGAUUCACUCCGAAGAGCUGGCCUCUGACCUGAAGGCAUUGUGGGAAUCUGGCCAACAUGCUGAUCUGACGCUGCAAGUCGGCGAGACGCAGCUGCAGGUCCACGGCCUGAUCUUGGCGGCAAGGUCUGCGGUCUUCUCGCGCAUGCUGGCCUCUGACAUGUCGGAGGCGAAGUCGAGGGUCAUCAGGAUAGUCGACGCGGAUGCCGAGACAAUGCGCUGCCUUUGUGAAUACAUGUACACAGGUACGGUGCGGAACAACCGCCCAUUUGAGAAUGCAGACUUGGCUGGGUCUUUAUUGCAGGCGGCAGCGAAGUACGAGGUUCACGGGCUGGUGCGGUGGUGUUCUGCCAAGAUAGCCGCAACUCUGGGCGUCGACACAGCAGCAGAGUGGCUUGUUCUCGCAUCGCAGAUUGGACCCCAGGCCGAUGCAUUGAAAACCAAGUGCGUUCACCUAGCGGCCAGCAACCUCUCAGAGGUUCAGGUGACGGAGGGCUGGCAGCGCUUCAUGAAGAAUCCUCGCGUGGUGUCGGAGGUGGCCCCCCUGUUGUUUCAGGCCAUCAGCCCUCCACCUGGCAAGAAGAGGCGGCGAGCUUGCGAAAAGCUGAGCUAA